CUGAUUUUAAAAAAUAAAUAAAAAUAAAGUCAACAUCGAUUAAAUUUUUCAUUGAAUAAUUAUACAUUUUGGUUAUAAUAUUGAACCUUUUUUGUCGAUCGUACUUGUGUAAAGACGAAAAGAAAAGAAGUCGCAAGUUUCUCAACUCCGUACUUCAUCCACAUCCCCGUGUUUACAAGUCGAACAUGUUUCGAAGAUGCUCAAAGAUUUUAAUUCAUCAAAAGAACAACAUAAAUGUUUCAUAUUGUUUAUUGUUUUCUUCAUUUUGCCAAUUCGGCACGCAUAUGUUUUAUUUAUAAAUAUCAGUCCAUGUUUUCUCGGUGAGGCCCGGGUCGUGUCUCAUUCUAUUUAUUUUGUGGUCGUUCAACAAGGAGUGCACGAUGUCCUCGGGUGAUUCCCAGGAAGAGGACCUUCAAAAGUCAUACGUACGGGCUGAUAGAGCAGGCAACAGCAAGAAUAAGGGCAACCUUGAUGACCUGCACGACGGCUACUUCGAAGAGAGCACCUCUUCUGAAGAUGAUGAGAUCGAUUUCAAAGCAGAACCUCUCGAUUUCUCAUCAUCGGAGAGCGAUGAUGACAAAAAUUCUGACAUUGAGUUAAAAACGAGUGAUGAAGAACAGCUUUUAAACUUGUACGACAAGAAAUUAAGGGAUAAAAUGUCGACGAAAAAAUCUAGCAAAGGUGAAGGGGACGGCCAAGAAAUUAUGACAUCACGUAUAGCAGAAUUCAUGAAAAAAAUGAAAUCUGAAACGAAGGAUAGAUCGCGUGAUAAAAAGAGUUUUGUAGAGGACACCACAAAACCUCGAAAGAGUAAGGCAAGUUCAAAAAAGUUGGUCAGUAAGGAACAAACGAAGCCAACGAAAACGCAACCAGUCAAAACCAAAUACGACACAUCGGACAGCGGUUCAGAAACUGGUUCAGAUUCGGAUUUCGACGCCCUCGCCGAUACCAUGGCGAAUAUGACCCCAGUGUCGUCUGUCAAAAAACCGGCCAAAAUCAGGCUCGACAAAGGCAAAGGUGGAAAAGAAGUGAUUGGUAAAGACGUCGACAUAAGGAAGAAGAUUGCCGAGAUGAAAAAGAUUGUCGGGGGUCCCAAAACGCCAGAUCACAUCGACGAACAACUCCUCAAAGCGAAGCAGAGAGUUACGGAUUGGAUGAGAGAAGAAGACGCCAAAUCCGCGGCUUUGAAAGAAAGAUUCAGCGCCAGCAGGAAGUUCCCUGUAGACACUCUGAUGAAAGAAAUUUCCGGCAGGAAACCUGUCAAAACUCCAAAAGCUGGAAACACGGCCAAGCUUUUCGACGCUCGGAACCCACUUCCGCCGGUUAAGACGAAAAAACCACUGGGAGGCCCCAUUAAAAAUAUAAUGAAAAAAGAAGACGUUUUGCAGAUUCUUCGCGAUGUCGAUUCUUCGAUUCCAGCAAAGUCAAAAGCUCAGAGGGUCGGUUUGGAAAAGUCGACCGACGCUCUGAGGAAGAACAUGGUCCCAACGAAGUUGACCAGCGGCUUGCCCGCCAGGUUGCUACCAUCCAAAAGCGACUCCAACAAAAUCUCGGCCAAAAUGGAACCGACUCAAUAUUCAAUGCGAAACACGCCAAAAUUGGCGGAUAAGAAGUCAAGCCUGAAGAAAUCCUCAGUUAAACGAACGGGUGCCAGCUGAAUAAUACUAACAUGAGACGACCUGAACAACUUAUUCGAAAAACCAUUUAACGACUUUUAUUUAGAAUAUACUCAAAACUGUUAUCCAUAAA